AUGAGUAAUGAGAACGUGUUGUUGACACAAGGAGGUUAUAUUUUUCCUGGGAACAUUGGAUCCUAUCAACCAUCUCCUCCAUUGGCAUCCUAUAAUGUUUUCCCACCUCAACAUAUUUUGUCGCCGCCUCCAUUCGUACCCGUACCCGCUGCCGACUUCUACGGGAGGUACUCUCGUCUGCCGCCUCUAAACUCGCCAUCCAGCGAUACAUUCGGUACUUCGGAAAGGGAUUUCCGUAUUAUAUCCUGGGACGAGUUGAAGUCUCUGUUGACUGAGGAGUCGCCUGAUGUAAGGGCGGAGUCAGGUCUCCUCUCAGAUGGUCGUGCUUUCGCACAGCGAUCACCUAGAAGAGAUGCUUACUUUCUCUUCCCUUCUAAGUCGGCCUAUAUCUUAUAUUUUACGCAUUAUUAUUUUUCAAGAGAAAACUUGGACCGUGAUCAAACGAUACGUGGGAUGAUGCUAGAUAACUGCGCGAUUGCAAUCGAUAAAAUAAUCGAAGCUCCGCGUCUAGCUUCCAUUGGUACCACGAUUGAUGAUAUGAAGGUGGCUGUUGAAAAUGGGAGCAGCACCCUCUGUGUUUUGAAUGCUCCUGAUGGUCGUUGUUAUCUGCGGCGUAUAGAUGGGUAUCCCGGCAGCACACAGACUGCUCAUAUUGCUUCCACUUUGCCAGCUGAAGCGGGAACGCGUGCCUCCUUUGAUGGUUGCCUAAGUCGUAGCGGGAUGACUGAACGUCCUGUACCAUCCACAUCAGCCGAUCUGGAGUUUGUUUCAAAUCUUUCCGCAAUGCUGGCUCCUUCAAUUUAUGGGGUCCAGGGUCCGAGCCCGUUGGAUGCAACCCUUAUAUAUCCAACACAGAACGCAUUCGUUCGCCCCGGAACUAGACCACCUUCCGCAGCUGCUCCCGUUGCCGCCGCAUCAGCCAUAAGCACUCUCAACGCAGCUAUGGCUGGGAUGAACCUGAGUCAGCCUGCACCUCCUCCACCACAUCAUCAUCCGGCUCAGGUUGCUCCGCAUCUACUUUCUCAACUCGCCGCCAUGCCACAGCACUUAGCGGCCACUCUCGCGGCUAUCAACCAGAGAAACCCGGUGCCUGCUUUUCCAGUUCCCUUUGGUCAGAAUCCCUUCUCAGCCGGUCAAGGCAGGUCCACUGCUCCAACUCCUCACGCUCACCAGUCGCAAAUUUUUCACCAUCAGCAGCAACAUCGUCGGGCAACGCCUCCUCCAUCGGCGUCCGUGCCACCACCACCGCCUCAAAAUACAUCAGCGACAAGUGUGGCGGCUAAUGUCUUGAAUCUCCAGCUUCCGGGUGCUCCUUACAAUUUCCAAAGCAUUCAUGAAGCUGCCUCGUCCACCCACUUUGUGCAUGGUUACCCCACACACGCCUAUGAUUCGUGGAUUCCAGAGGUGACAAACGCGACUUUAGUCAACACCGGUAUACAUCUACAGUACUCUCCGCACAUUGUUGCUUGGCCUCCACAGAACCAGCCGACGCAAAUUAGGUCAACUUCUUCUUCCUCUGUUUCUUCUCAGCACCCGCCAAUCUCUAUACAGCAGCAACAACCAAUGCAUAUACUCUCCCUUCCCACCAAUCUCUCAUCAGUUAACCCAGUGAACAGCUCAAAUGCAUCUGUCGGUUUAGUGGCUCCUGCGACCGCAUCGGCAUCGGUGGUUGAGACAACGGGGACAAAAACAGCCACACCGCCUGCGCCGGAAAGCGUAGGCAAUGAUGAAAAUGUUGCCGCCACUUCCACCGCGACUAAUAAAAAUACAAGCUUGGGGUCAGCUCAACCCUCUUCCAGUAGGGAUGACUCUACAAACGCGGUUGUGAAAGAAACCGGGAGUGCAGAGACAGUCAACAGAAAACCAGCACAACUGGCUCAACAAGUGCACUCACGACCUAACAGCAGUGGUAGUGGCAAGAUAAAAUUCAAGUCUAGUAAAGGUGGCCAUCAUCAGAGGGUACCGCAUUCAAACAGGAGUCCACCCAUUGCUUCUGUUACUGGCGCUGGCGCAUCUGCUGCCGCGGCUGCAACAUCUUCGAAGAAUGCGACCGCAUCAGUAGGCAAUAUGGAACCCUCGGCGGGGACGCUCAAUUCAAUUCGGGACUCUGAAGGGGAAGAACGCCUCAAGAAGCGAGAGCUGCUUUGCUGCUUUUCACACACAACCUCUCGCUAA